CCUCAUCCAUGGGUCUUAUAAAAGCAACCCGAUAGGUUCCAAUAACAAGACCCGAUACACAUCUCAACGACGCCGUCACGCCCCCAUUAUCACUAUUAAAUCUCGAACCCCAAAUCUCGUCGCUCCGCUUCGAAUCAAAUCAAUCAGGUUUGGGGCCUAAAGCUGGGGGCUUUAGCAGUUUUUGAGUAAGGUUUUUUGGUUUAAGUUAUGACGGCUUUGAGAGAGCUUCUUCCACCUGCGAAAUCGAGUGGGACUACUUAUUAUGAUCACACUAGUGAUCCGUGGUUUAAGCAGAGGUAUACUGCGGCUGAGGAUGAGGUGUCUGCGGUUGUGAAGGCUAAUUCUGUGCCGUUGUAUUUGAACAGGGAUGGGUUUAGGCCAUCAAGGCCGGAGCAUUUUGGUGAUGGGGGUGCUUUUCCGGAAAUACUUUAUGCACAGUAUCCUCUUGAUAUGGGUAGGAAAAAGGAUGCUGUUUCUGGUCAGAAGACGUUGCCUGUUACUGUUGAUGAGCAUGGCAGAGUUACGUUUGAUGCUAUAGUGAAACAGAAUGAGAAUGCAUCUAAAAUUGUGUAUUCGCAGCAUAGGGAUCUUGUGCCGAAGAUCUUGAAAGAUGAGAUGGAGGAAGACGAGGAAGAUAUUGAUGAAAGAAAAGAGAUUGAAGAUAAGACCACGUUGGAGACGAAGAUGGCCCUGGAGAAGAUUGUGAAUGUCAGGUUGAGUGCUGCACAGCCGAAAAACGUUACUACAACAUCUUCUGACUCAAAAUUUAUCAAAUACAAGCCUUCACAUCAGUCGUCUGCUCAUAAUUCGGGUGCCAAGGAAAGGAUUAUUAGGAUGGUUGAGAUGCCAGUGGACCCGUUGGAGCCACCAAAGUUCAAGCACAAGAGGGUUCCCAAGGCUAAUGGUUCUCCCCCUGUUCCUGUAAUGCAUUCUCCUCCUCGCCCUGUGACUGUGAAGGAUCAGCAGGAUUGGAAAAUCCCACCAUGUAUAUCUAACUGGAAGAAUCCAAAGGGUUAUACAAUCCCACUAGAUAAGCGUUUGGCUGCAGAUGGUAGGGGUCUUCAGGAGGUUCAGAUUAAUGACAAUUUUGCAAAGCUCUCGGAAGCUCUGUAUCUAUCAGAACAGAAGGCAAGAGAGGCUGUUUCCAUGCGAUCUAAGGUUCAAAAGGAAAUGAUGUUGCGGGAGAAGGAGAAAAAGGAACAAGAAUUGAGAGCAUUAGCUCAGAAAGCUAGAUCUGAAAGAACCGGUGCUGCUCCACCAGCUGCCUCAAUUCCUUAUGACAAGAGUAUGGGGGAUGUUGAUGACAUGAGAGGAGACAAUGAUAAUGGAAGAGAGAGGGCUGCACCAAGGGAGACAAAGGAGGAAAGAGAAGAUAGACUGAGGAGAGAGAAGAUCCGUGAGGAGCGGCGUCGUGAGAGGGAAAGAGAGAGAAGAUUAGAAGCAAAAGAUGCUGCGAUGGGGAAGAAAAGUAAGAUUACCAGAGAUAGAGAUCGUGAUAUUAGUGAAAAAGUUGCACUCGGAAUGGCGUCUGCUGGAGGAGCACGAGGUGGCGAAGUCAUGUAUGACACGCGUUUGUUCAACCAGGAGAAAGGCAUGGACUCAGGCUUUGGAACUGAGGAGCAAUACAACGUGUAUGACAAGGGGUUGUUCACUGCCCAGAAUACACUUUCAACUCUUUACAGGCCAAAGAAAGAUGCUGAUGCUGAUACAUAUGGUGGUGCAGACGAGCAGCUAGACAAGAUUAUGAAGACUGAUAGAUUCAAACCUGACAAGUCAUUUACAGGCACAUCUGAGAAAACUGGCCCGAGGGACAGGCCUGUGGAAUUUGAGAAGGAACAUGAAGAAGCUGAUCCAUUUGGUUUGGACCAGUUUUUGACUGAGGUCAAGAAGGGUAAGAAGGCCAUGGAAAAGGUUGGGGGCAGUGGUACAAUGAAAGCUAGUGCAGGUUCGUCCAUGCGAGAUGGCUAUGAUGGCGGUUCUGGUCGCAGUAGGAUUGGUUUUGAAAAGGGGCGGUAAAUGUUUCAUAUCUGCCUUCAAACGAGGCCAUGGGCUGCCAACAAAAAUGCGUUAUUUUACUCCUGGUUGCACGUUAUAAAGUCCGAACUGCAUUAAUUUCAAACUUAUGAUGUAACCUGAUAUUUUUCAAGAAGUUUGUUCUGGCAUUUCUACUUCUUAAAUAUAGAUUGUAUAAUUUGCUUUGAGAACGUAUGGUAUUAGACUAUUAGUAUGUUUCUUUUCCUCCAA